GUUAACAGCUCGGCUCCGUGUUCUGUGAAUAACAAAACUAUUCGAUGCUUUAACCCUUCGUGAAUGAAAACAUGUUUGGAUGUUUUGAUAAAAGUUGAUCGUUAAGAACGAAAAUUGCGUGGCUGCCAUAAGAGAAAUCAUUAUCAAGUGUAGGAAAGAGUGGCCGGGUGUCUGUAAGAUGUUACGCUUGCUUUUGCACAAUUGUUGCCGUGAUAACAGUCGUCAAUUAUUGCAGCAAAGCACAAGAGUCCAUAUAAAAGCUCCUUUGACAAAGCAGAUAAAGGAUGUUUCUUCACCCUGGAAAAAUUUACACAGUACUAAUAUACGAGCCGAGCUGAAAGCAGGCCAAAAUUCGUCACAAAAAACGGGGAGAAAUGCGGCUAAAUUGAAGGCUUUGCUUGUGGGCAGUGGCGGUGUCUCACUGGGUUGGAUUACUCGCAGCCUGUUACAAAGACAGCAGUAUGUGCACUGCGAAGGGGCAGGCAAUCGCUUAGCUGGAGUUAUUCAGAGAACGCUUAAGCAAGAGGACAGCAAAUUCGAUUGGAAGAGAUUUUGGUCGUAUCUGGAACCAUAUUUGUGGGAAUUUUUAGGCGCUAUUGCGGCAGCCCUUGUAGUGGCCUACAUCAACAUAAGAAUUCCAAAUCUUUUGGGCGACUUAAUUAAUAUAUUGGCUCGCUAUGCUAAUACGUACGUUAAGGAUCCAUUGGACAACUCAUUUUUCAAAGAUGUGAGCAGGCCAGCAUCGAACUUGCUUAGCUUGUAUGUCGUGCAAUCGGGAUUUACCUUCCUCUACAUCUACCUCUUAAGCCGUAUCGGCGAGCAAAUGGCAGCAAAGUUACGGCAAGACCUUUUUCGUCAGAUAAUCGUACAGGAUAUAGAGUUUUUCGAUAAAAACCGAACAGGGGAACUGGUUAACCGAUUGACGGCCGAUAUACAAGAUUUUAAGUCUUCUUUCAAACAAUUUGUUUCGCAAGGUCUACGCAGCGUUGCUCAACUUCUGGGCGGUGCUGUUUCAUUAUUCCUGAUAUCGCCACACAUGGCUGCGAUAGCGUUAGCAUCUGUACCAGCUGUUGUAACAUUUAUGACAUAUUUGGGUAAAAAAUUGCGAAUUCUGAGUAAAAACUCACAGGCGCAGUCAGAACGUGCAACGUCAGUUUGCGAGGAGGCUCUAUCCAACGUGAGGACAGUACGUUCAAGUGCGUGUGAAUAUCGCGAAAUGGAGCUUUUUGAACAAGAGACAAAUGAGGCGGCACGUUUAUCGCAGGAACUAGGAUAUGGCAUCGCAAUAUUUCAAGGUCUUACAAACUUCUUCCUAAACGGUUUGGUCCUGACCACUCUCUUCAUGGGAGGUCACUUAAUGUCAACGGAGAGUUUGACUCCUGGGUCUUUAAUGGCUUUUCUGGUAGCAGCACAGGGAGUUCAGCGUUCAUUGGCUCAAGGUUCCGUACUAUUAGGUACAAUGAUAAGAGGAAUGACAGCUGGCUCGCGUGUAUUCGAGUACUUACAACUUGAACCCAAAGUUGAACUUUUAAGAGGCUAUGAAAUUCCUUCACAACGUUUAUAUGGCGAAAUAAGAUUCGAAAACGUAUCGUUUGCUUAUCCGACAAGGCCGGAUCAUAUUGUCCUAAAAGACUUUAAUUUGGUUCUAAGGCCUGGUGAAACAGUAGCUUUAGUAGGUGCCAGCGGCUCAGGAAAAUCGACAAUUGCUGCAUUAGUUGAACGCUUUUAUGAACCUUCUUCUGGUACAAUUAAAAUUGAUGGUUACAAAUUAGAAGACAUUUCGCCUCACUGGCUGAGAGGAAAUGUUUUAGGCUUUAUAGAACAACAGCCCGUACUCUUUGCUACCACAAUACUGGAAAAUAUCCGUUAUGGGCGCCCGGGAGCCAAAGAAGAAGAUGUUUAUGAGGCAGCUAAAUUAUCCCAAUCCCACGACUUCGUAUCCGCUCUGCCCGAUGGAUAUGAGACGAACGUUGGCGAAAGAGGUACCCAAUUAAGUGGUGGACAAAGGCAACGCAUUGCUAUAGCAAGGGCUCUACUAAAAAACCCUAAAGUCUUAAUUCUUGACGAGGCGACAAGUGCCUUAGAUGCUACAAGUGAAGCUGAAGUUCAAAAAGCAUUGGAUACUGCGGUAUUAAAUCGCACCACAUUGGUAAUCGCUCAUCGCUUGUCCACCAUACGUAAUGCUGAUUUAAUAGUAGUUUUAGACAAAGGACGUGUUGUAGAGUCCGGAAAACAUAACGAGCUUAUGGCUAAACGUGGGCUUUACUACGAUCUAGUCCGGCAACAGGAAAAACAUGGUGCAAAUGAAGAUUCCAAUGCGUUCAACUCAACUAAACCUGCCGAGAACACAGAUAGUAGCAAAAAUACUAGCCAACAGCAACAACGGCCUCAUAUGACACAGGGCUAACUAGUUGACAAUAUCAUUAAUCAGUACAAUUUCUGAAAUUUUCUUUUUAUUUCGGGACUUUGCAUUUUUUAAUCCCUAUUCUGAAACUCCUUUAAUUUUUUGUCUGUUAUUUAAAUUCUUUAAAGAUCUAAUGGCUUAGAAUUGUGAGUACGAAAGAUCUUUUUUUUUUACAAAGAAGCCAAUGGGGUUUUGGGAGAAUAAUUCCACAUAAAAUUACCUCAUUAAACACUAGAAAUAGGAAAUUUCUGAUGAAUAACUUUUUAAAGGUAAUUUUAUGUCUGUUCGCAAGAAAUUUUUUUAUUUAUAUUGACUAAUGUGCUAAUGAAAGAAACAUGUAGAAAGUCGCAAGAGCAAAAUUGAAAAUAAUAAAAUAAAUUGUUGCCCGUUUGUUAUCACAAA